AUGGAACAUGAACUCAACAAAUCUCUGUCCUCGUUGGGAUCUUUCUCAAAUGUCAAACUUGUUGGUCUCUGUGGCACUUAUGAAGAUGGAAUGGACUUUGUUGCAACUUUACCAAACGAUAAACAAAAAACUAUCAUGUGGUUAGGUUCCUCAAUUGGGAAUUUAAGUAGAGAAGAUGGCGCAAACUUUAUCCGUCGUUUCCAAGAAAAAGCAAUGAAUCCUGGUGAUUUGUUUUUAAUCGGAAUCGAUAGGAGAAAUGACCCUGAAAAGGUUGCUAAUGCUUACAAUGAUUCUCAAGGCAUCACCGCUGAAUUUAUCAUGAAUGGAUUGGAUCACCUUAAUGUUAUCUUUGAUCAACCAUUUAUCAAUCGUAAUAAUUUUGAAUAUUUUGCAACUUAUAAUGAAGAUGAAGCUGAAACUACAAAGCUUUUUUACGAUGCUCGUUUGGCUCAUGUAGAAAGCUGGUCUAGUUCUGAUUUGCAAUAUGAUCUUCACUUAACUUAUAAACCUCCAUUCUUCUUUACCCGUCCUCAAGAAUUAAAAGGAUCUGUACCAACCGUGGAAGAAUGGCAAGAAGUAUGGAAAUCAUGGGAUACUGUAACCUUAAGUAUGAUUCCACUGGAUAAAAUGAAUUCAAAACCUAUUUAUCUUCGACAUCCUUUUAUCUUUUAUCUCGGUCAUAUUCCCUCUUUCCUCGAUAAUCAAUUGGCCAAAUAUUUUCAUGAAAAAUUUACCGAACCAGAAAAUUUUGCCUCCAUUUUCGAACGAGGAAUCGAUCCUGAUAUGGAUGACAUGACAAAAGUUAAUCCUCAUUCGGCUGUUCCUGAUCAAUGGCCAAAAUUAAGUUCAAUCCUCGAAUAUCAAGAUAAUGUUAGACAAAGGCUUUUACGUGUUUACGAUGCAUAUAAGGAUAAACAAAUUCCACGUUCAUUAGGUCGCGUCCUGUGGAUGUCUUUUGAACAUGAAGCAAUGCAUCUUGAAACUUUUCUUUAUAUGUUGGUACAAUUCGAAAAUGUUUUACCACCAAAAGGUGUCGUUAUCCCAAAUAUGCGUCCACCUAUUCAAAAAGCUCCAGAUGCAAAAUUAUUGACAAUACCCACACAAACCAUUACACUUGGCCAUGAUGAUAAUGAGGAUCUUGACGACUCGGCUCCAUUAGACUUACCAUUUGGUUGGGAUAACGAACGUCCAUCACGGACAAUCACCGUCCAAUCAUUUAAGAUUCAAUCACGUCCUAUAACCAAUAAUGAAUACUUGGAAUUUAUGAAAGCAACUGUGAAUAGGAAUUACCCAUUAUCUUGGAUUCCAUUAGAUCUUCCAUCAUUUGAAUAUAAGGUUCGUACUAUAUUCGGACCUGUCGAUAUGAAUGUGGCGAUGAAUUGGCCUGUAUUGUUGAGUCAAGAACAAGCAAGCCAUUAUGCUGAAUGGGCAAAGAUGCGGCUACCUACUGAAGGAGAAUUACGAUGUUUUUAUGAUACUUACUCACGAAACCCAAGCUUGGAUUCAAAUUUUGGAUUUGCCCAUUGGCAUCCAACUGAUGUCCCCUUGGAUAGUAAUUCUGUUCAUAACAUAGGUAGUGCUUGGGCAUGGACUUCUACCAAAUUUGAGGAAUACCCUGGGUUCGUUAAAAGUAAAUUGUAUCCGGGAUAUUCUUCUGAUUUUUUUGAUGGAAAGCAUUAUGUAAUUCUCGGUGGAUCAUGGUAA